GGACGCAGGAGCCCUUGACCAGCCCGUGCCAGUUGUUGCCAGGAAGAAGCCGCGCGUUUGCCGUGCCCUGUGAUUGGAACGCGGGGCGCCUCCAUCACGGCGCGGCUGCUGGCGGAGGCGCGCGCGUAACAGGGUGCCUGCCGCGGGCUUCUCGGGUGUCUGCUAGGAGGGUGGGGGGCAUGCCGAGGCUACGGGUUUAAGGAAAGAGGAGGAGGAGGAGGUUGUGGUUGGUGGCGGGGGUGACUUGUUGGCUUUCUCAGCAAGCCAGAAGCAAGCCAGAAGCCCCCUCCUUCCCUCCCUCCCCGCCUGCUGCCGCCACCACCACUUCUACCCCCUAGCUUUUACCAUGAGUCCGGCUUGAGCGCACAGCCGACGACGGCACGGGCAUCUCCAUGGUGCAGGACGGCGGCAUGUCACGCACACCUUACAGCUCCAGCCAAGACAUCCAGAUGGAAGUCUUAGACAACCCUGGCCUCCAGGGGAAAUAUAGCAAAAGGAAGAACCGCUUCAAACGCUCUGAUGGCAGCACCUCCUCUGAUACGACUUCAAAUAGUUUCGUCAGGCAGGGUUCUGCUGAGUCCUACACGAGUCGUCCAUCUGACUCUGAUGUAUCCCUGGAGGAAGACCGUGAGGCCCUGCGCAAGGAAGCAGAACGUCAGGCCCUGGCACAGCUGGAAAAAGCCAAGACCAAGCCAGUGGCAUUUGCUGUAAGGACAAAUGUGGGCUAUAAUCCAUCACCCAAUGACGAUGUGCCAGUCCAAGGCAUGUCUAUUUCCUUUGAACCCAAAGACUUCCUUCAUAUCAAAGAGAAAUACAACAAUGAUUGGUGGAUCGGCCGGCUGGUUAAAGAAGGCUGUGAAGUUGGCUUCAUCCCUAGCCCUGUCAAGCUGGAGAACAUGAGGGUGCAACAGGAGCAAAAGAUGAGGCAACACCGCCUCAGCUCCAGUAAAUCAGGAGACAACUCCACCUCCAGCCUGGGAGAUGUGGUGACAGGCCCCAGGAGACCCACCCCUCCUGCCAGUGGUCACUUGGACAUGACUAACUUAGCUUAUGACCCUGACGCCCUUGAAUUAGAGGAGGAGGAGGAGGCGGCAACUGAAGAGAACCAGCGAACCCCUAAGACUAGUGUUAGCAGCGUCACCACACCCCCUUCCACCACCAAGCGCAUCCCCUUUUUUAAGAAGACCGAACACGUGCCACCAUAUGACGUGGUUCCUUCCAUGCGGCCCAUCAUUCUUGUUGGCCCAUCCUUGAAAGGUUAUGAGGUGACGGACAUGAUGCAGAAAGCUUUGUUUGAUUUCCUGAAACGCCGAUUUGAUGGCAGAAUAUCAAUCACACGUGUGACAGCUGAUAUCUCCUUGGCUAAGCGCUCUGUCCUCAACAACCCUAGCAAACACACCAUCAUUGAACGCUCCAGUACUCGCUCUAGUCUAGCUGAAGUGCAGAGUGAGAUAGAGCGCAUCUUCGAACUGGCCCGCACCCUGCAGCUGGUAGCCCUGGAUGCGGAUACCAUCAAUCACCCGGCUCAGCUCUCCAAGACCUCCUUAGCACCAAUUAUUGUCUAUAUCAAGAUAUCUUCCCCUAAGGUGCUGCAGAGGUUGGUGAAAUCUAGAGGCAAAUCCCAGGCCAAGCACUUGAAUGUGCAGAUGGUGGCAGCCGACAAAUUGGCACAGUGCCCUCCAGAGAUGUUUGACAUCAUCCUUGAUGAGAACCAGUUGGAAGAUGCCUGUGAGCACCUGGCUGAGUACCUCGAAGCCUAUUGGAAAGCCACGCACCCUCCCAGCAGCAACCCACCCAAUCCUCUGCUGACCCGCACCAUGGCAACUGCCGCCCUGGCUGCUAGUCCCGCCCCAGUCUCCAACCUCCAGGGACCCUACUUAGUGCAUGGGGAGGAGCCUCUCGACGCCGAGCGCACCAGCCUGCACGAGUAUGCAGGGCAGCCAGUUGGGCGUGGCCAGAUCCGCUCCAUGCAGCCUCCCUCACACUUUGCGGCCCAGAGCCUUUCCCGCCAGGACACCUUUGAUGCUGAGGCGCAGGGCAGCCGCGAUUCUGCAUACAUCGAUCCCGUGGAUUCCUGCAUGGACAUUGAGACCGACCCCUAUGAGGAGCCAGAGCCUCGGUGCCCCCAAGGCCUGGGUCGCCGCCACCCUCAGUGCCAGAGCUCCUGGGAGGCUGAGGAGCCCGAACCUCAUCGCAGUCAAUACCGGGGCCAUCGUCACCUGCAGGGCUCCUGGGAGGCUGAGGAGCCUGACCAACAAAACCACAACCGGCCUCUGCGUGGGCGUGGAAAGGGGCGGGAGCGCUACUGUCAGGACGAGGAGGAAGCCCUGGGCUGUAACCAUAACAACAUGGAGGACUGGGGCCGUGACCCCUACAUCCGUUAAGGCCCAGAGGGGCAGGGCUGUUAUCCAUUGAGGGAGAGGCCUCUUCCCACUCAGAGCCUUGGGGUGAGGUGGGGUGGGGCUACAGAUGUCUUCAGUCAUGUGGCACCUGGGAGUAGAUGCGAUCUGUUAGAAGCUUGGCCUUCAUCCCACCAGGCCCCGGCAGGCGGUGGAUAGGUGAAGCGUUUGCAUCCCAAAUGCUCCACCACCCCAGGUCAGGUCUGUGAGUGAACUCCCUUCCCCACUAUUCUCAUUUGGGGAUGCCCUCCACCCCCUUCCCCUCUUGCCUUUGCAAUCUGUGCCAACAAUCUCUCUGAACAUCCUCAUCCUGCCAGCCAGCACUGCCUGGCCUUUUCCCACAAGGUCAUAAAUUAUCACAUAUACCUUAAAUUCCUCUUUCAACUCGGGAGGGUCCCCCAGUGGACCCGGAGAGGGAGAGAGAGAGAGCCAGUCUCCAUUGGUGCCUCGGAUCACCCGAACACUUGGGUAACAGCUGCAGUGGACAGCUGACCAUUUGCUGACUGUGAUCCUUCCUGCCUGAGUGCCACCUCACCCAAGUCCACACAGCUCUCAGUCUGCCACGUCUCCUCCUCCUCUGCAAGUGUAAGCUGUCAUCAGUCUGUUCUUUUGCCUUUCCCAUCCGUACUCUAGUAGCUCAUCCGCUAGAAGGCAGAGAGUGCCAAUUCCAAAUUUCCUCUCGUGGGUUUUACUCAACUGCAAGACUGUCUCCGGUGCCUACAAACAAAAUCCAGUCCAGUCACCUGAAAUGUUUUGACCCAACCUAUCCUCCAGUGCCUCAGCUUAUAUGACCCUUCUGGAUGUACUUAAUUUCCUGGACAAUUCCUAGGAGUACGGUGUGUGUGUGCAUGUGUGGCAUGUGCCAUGCCUAAGGGGGAGGAAGGUUUGAAGCAUCUCUCCCUCAGACAUGCCUGUAUCUUGCUGUUUUGCUCUUAACACUGGUUUUCAAAACCUUUUCCCAGCCUGUGUGACAGCUUGGCCUCUGGUGUUUGUUAUAGAAAAGAAAGGAAGUCAUUACCAGGAUUGAGAAACUAAAAAGAGGGGUUUUUAUUUUAAAGACACAAAUGUCUUCCUGCAGGCUUUGCUGCAGGAGAUACCUUUUCUCACAGUAGGAAGUAAGAGGUCUAUCCCAGAGCACGGAAAUAAUCUUGUUUCUGUUCCUGCUAAUAUAUACGGUAUAUACAUUACAUUAUGAUAGUAACUUAAUAAGGGAAAACGUCAUUCCUUCUGAAGUGUAACAAUAGCUUUUUAAUUGUUUUUAUGGAAAAAGGGCAUAGACUCAUUAAAUGAUAGAGAAAGAAUAUGUGUUUUCAGUGCUGUGUCGCACAGCCCCUUAUGUGAGUGAAUGAAGAACAUAUAGAUUCUUUUUUUAAAAAAUCAACAAACGUAAUUAUUUAGUUACUUUGAGAAACAGUACAGUUGGUUUUAUAAGUUGUAGCUAUAAGACAGCUGGCAUCUUUUAGGGAAGGACCGAAUGAUAACAUCAGCAAAUUAGUUCUUUAAAGCAUCUUUCCAAGCUCUGGCCUAUCGAACUGUUGCGUCUUCCUUUCAGAGGAUAUCCCUUUCUAGUAAAACUACAGAAAUUAGCUUAUCUUUAUCUUACAAAACAAGACAGCAAGGAAGCUUUGCUAACGUGUGAAGGUGCACCUAGUUACAACUGCUGGCAUGCAUGCAUUGCAGGUACAACAAAAAUACAGGACUCUCAGUGGAGAGAAAUGGAAAAUAAAAGGCAUUCACUGGGCCUGCUGCCACUCUGUCCUCCUGUGCAGGGUUAGGGACCAUCCGGAUCUGCAGAGGCAGUGGAUGGACUUCAGCCUGGACCAUUUGGUUACUUUAUAAACCACGGUGGCAAAGUACUCGCUCUGCUUCUUUCUCCAAAUAUUAGCAGUAGAGAUGAUAGAUUCUGCCUUAUUCAGAUCCACCUUUUGGGCUUCACGUUAAUGCCAAGAUCUGCCUUCUGCCCUUAAUUCAAAAGCCUCUCUGGUCCACACAUGCCCUUUAUUAAAAUGUCACCGUUGCUUGGAAUUUAAUUGACAAGCCUGACUUCUGCACACCAGGACCUACUGGGGAUUGAUUCAUACCAUAAACAUUUAGACCUGCUAACCAUAUUCCACCUGCUUCUGAAGGGAUGUAGGAUAACUGAUAUGUGCAUUUUUUUUACCAAAAAAAGGGAUGUUCAUUUUCUUAGUCUUACAAACCCCACAAGGGUUUCUAUGACCAGCUGAACUCAAUCCUUUGCAUCCACCCACUCUACACCCUGUGAUUUAUAGUACGUAUACCUGAUGCCUCAGUCUCUACUAGAACACCACUGCUGUUCUCAGCAUGAAUGUAUAACAAUUCAGCAGAUAAAGACGCUGAAAACUCAGUUUUCAAGUCAAUAUAAAACUUGGCCUUAGAUCAGGCCUUAAGGCCUUAGGGUAUAUUCUUUUAUCUGAUAAUGCUUGGAGAGCUUGCUCUUAUCAGCUGGGGGCAGGUAUGGAGGUUCAGAUAGCACGAAACACAAUCCAGACUCAUCCAGCAGAAUUAAUAGGAGCAACUGAAAUUAAAGAAGAUUUGCAAGUACAUAAACUAGAUGGUGAUAAGAAAUACAGGUUGGAAACAGGACACGUGGUUUUCAUUCUUUUUGGAGAGGUCAAAUUCAGCACCAACUGGAGAUGAUUGAUGUUUGACAGACCCUGCCCUUAUAUUUGGGAGAGUGCAGAAUGACAUUCACACUAACUCUCUUUGACUUUGGUGAUUCAAUAGAUUUCCCCACUGACAUAGCUGUUACCAGAUGUUUUUGGUCCUUGGGUUUAAUCCUUUAUUUUGAUUUUUUUUUGUAUUCUCUUAAAACCACCUGGUAUCUUGGAUCCCUUAUUUUAAGUGUCUGCCCCUUAUUUCAGACCCUUGCACGCCUACAGCACUUUAAUGGAUGGUCUCUAUAUCAGACUCCAUAGCUCAUAAUAUUGCUUGUUUUCAAAAAUGUUGAUCUGGGAACUGUAGCAAUCCCUUGGCUAUCAGACUGCUAUUUGAUAAGAUAUAAUGAAUGACCUUGGGAACGGGAACAGAGCAUCUAAGUUUCUUAGGUCCUCAUUUGUUUUAGGCUUUCUCCUUUAUGCCAUGCUUUGGGAAUAAUCCUAAUGGAUGACAUUAAUGGGCCUAGCUAGAUUAAAUUUUCAGUAUCUUCAAGUUUGUAUCUAUGGCUGAUUUCACAUGUCUCUCUUCCACUUGUUGGAGCUUCAGUGAAGAUACGGAUUUGCAAAUGUCAUGUGCUCGCUACCAAAUGAGUAAGAAUUAUAAAGGAGGGUGGGAGUUGGAUACUUAGCCAGCAGGCAAAAAGAUUGCAAAUGGGAUUUGAACAAUGUGACAAAUGUAUUUAUCAAGUUCUUUUAAGAGAGUGUAUUUUAUAUUAUUUAUUCUUAGCAUUGCUCCUCGGGUUGAGAUUCCUUAGCCAAACUCGAAUUCUUUGUCAUGAAUAAUUAUAACAAAGGGUUCUGAAGAGAGAGAGAAAAGGAAGGAGGAGAGGGUUCUAAAGAAUAUACUUUUGAGCUUUCAGACAAUGAAGCAUGACCAGUCCCAUUCCCUGCCUUAUAUCUGCACCUUUUGGAUUUAUUCUCCACCUUGGGUUGUUUUGCUGUUUAAUUUGGGGUGGGGAGGAAUAAGGUUAUUGAUGAUAGAAAAUAAAUCCUGCCAAGUCUCUGCCUCAUUGUUAGACAAUUUGAUUACUCAGUGCUCCAAUGACUUAAGCCCAUUGCCGUGGGAAUAAAAGUAU